AUGUCGCUGCUGCCUACGCGUAAAAUCGGACAGGAUGUGGUUACUGCCAUUGGCUAUGGCGCAAUGGGUAUAGCUGCCUUCUACGGCAAGCCUCUGCCUGAUGAGGAGCUUUCUGUCGGGCUGAAGCUAUGCCAUCAGUUUCUUGACACGUUGUUCGAAAGCGGCUGCACUAAUUGGGACACAGCCAAUGUCUACCACGACUCGGAGGAGUUGCUUGGUAAAUGGUUCGAGAAAACAGGGAGACGGAAGGACAUCUUCCUCGCCACCAAGUUCGGAGUCGCUCGCCAACCGGGCCGGGUGAUCAACGGCGACCCAGAAUAUGUCAGGGAAUGCAUAGAGAAGUCUUUGAAAAGAUUACGCACAAAUUAUGUUGACCUUUACUAUCUUCACCGUGCUGACCCGAAAGUGCCCAUUGAAAUCACCGUCGGAGCUAUGGCUGAGCUCGUCAAAGAAGGGAAAGUGAGAUACCUUGGCUUGUCCGAGAUCUCAUCGGCUACAUUGCGACGAGCGCACGCUGUGCACCCUAUCGCCGCUAUCGAAGUGGAAUACUCCCCAUUCACCCUGGAUAUUGAGGACGAGAAGAUCGGUUUAUUGAAGACGGCUCGAGAACUGGGCGUGAAGAUCAUCGCUUAUAGCCCACUCGGCAGAGGACUGCUAACUGGGAGAUACAAAUCUCCCGACGACUUCGAUGAAGGUGACUUCCGCAGAAGAGUACCUCGAUACUCGAAGGAGAACUUCCCCAACAUCCUCAAGCUUGUCGAUGGUUUGAAGGCCAUUGGUGAACGGCAUGGUGCGACAGCCGGGCAAGUCGCGCUAGCCUGGCUCCUAGCCCAAGGCGACGAUGUCAUCCCUAUCCCAGGAACGACGAAAGUUGAGAACCUGAAAGAGAACCUAGGUGCUGUAUCAGUUAAACUUACACAACAGGAAGUGGAGGAGAUUCGGGCUUUGGCUGAGAAGUCCAACUCCGCGCAAGGAGCACGGUAUCCGCCAGAUCUGGUUGAAACGCUUUUCUCUGAUACGCCCCCUCUGGAAAAGUAG